AUUUCUGAGGGAGCGUUUACGGGGCUGCAACGCAGGAAGUGUGCCUUGACAGAGCGAGCAGCCUGAUGUGUUGCAGUGUUUAGCGGCAAGCGACUGUGUUUACGUCCCCACAUCCAAGCUCCAGAGCUCCGAUCACACUCGAGAGGGGACAGCCAUGAUUAAACCGACGAUGUUCUCCGGGCUGCCGGAGCUCGGGAUCUCUAACGGAGAAGAUCUCAAAGAAACUCUCACCAACUGCACCGAGCCUCUGAAAGCCAUUGACCAGUUCCAGAUGGAAAAUGGCAUCCUGCUGCCAACUCUCCAGUCUGCUCUUCCCUUCCUUGACCUCCAUGGAACGCCUCGGCUGGAGUUCCACCAGUCGGUCUUUGAUGAGCUUCGUGACAAGCUGAUGGAGCGAGUCGCCACCAUUGCAGAGGGCAAGGACGAGGACAGAUACGGGAAGCUUGAAGAGCUGCUGGAGAAGAGCUUUCCACUCGUCAAAAUGCCGUCCAUUCAGCCUGUGGUAAUGCAGGUGCUGAAGCAUCUACCCAAGGUGCCAGAGAAGAAACUGAAGAUGGUCAUGGCUGACAAGGAGCUGUACAAGGUGUGUGCUGUGGAGGUGAAAAGGCAGAUCUGGCAGGACAACCAGGCUCUGUUUGGAGAUGAGGUCUCGCCCCUCCUAAAGCAGUACAUCGUGGAAAAGGAAGCGGCUCUGUUCAGCAGCGACCUCUCCAUCCUCCAUAACUUCUUCAGCCCCUCUCCCAAAACACGGCGCCAAGGCGAGGUGGUCCUAAAGCUGACUCAGAUGAUAGGAAAGAACGUGAAGUUGUACGACAUGGUGCUGCAGUUUUUACGAACGCUCUUCCUGCGAACGAGAAACGUCCACUACUGCACACUGAGAGCAGAGCUGCUCAUGUCUCUUCACGACCUGGACAUCAGUGAGAUCUGUUCUGUCGACCCCUGCCACAAGUUCACAUGGUGUUUAGAUGCCUGCAUCCGUGAAAAGUUUGUGGAUGGCAAACGAGCCAGAGAGCUGCAAGGUUUCCUGGAUGGAGUGAAGAAGGGACAAGAGCAAGUUCUCGGGGACCUGUCCAUGAUCCUGUGUGACCCGUUUGCCUGUAACACCCUGGUCCUGAGUAUCAUGAGGAACCUGCAAGAGCUGCUAAGUCAGGAAGCUUUACCCAGGGUGAGGGGACACAAACGACACGAUACACAAACCUGCCGGUGGUGUCUUGUUAUUCUGCUGAUUGACAGCUGGGGGGCACUAUUGUGUAAUUUAGUGAGCAGUGCAGAAGGCAAAGAAGAGGGAAAAGCAAAUCUCAUUAGACCAUUUCUCUUGUUGAUGAGUGAGUGGAGUGACAACUACCACAGGCACAGUGACGUCACUUCUCUGAUAUGUCUGAUGUGAACGAUGCCUGAGCUGAGAGCUCCUGUGAUUCCAACUCCUGUUGUUGCUGUUCUCCUCAGGUACCUCCAGGAGAACAGAGUGGCCUGUGAAAUGGGUCUCUACUAUGUGCUCCACAUUGCCAAACUGAGGAACAAGAACGCCUUACAGAGGUUACUGCCUGCUCUAGUUGAGACUUACAAUGACAUGGCCUUCGGUGACAUCUUCCUGCACCUGCUGACCGGACACCUCACCCUGCUCUCCGAUGAGUUUGGUACAGAAGAGUUUUGUUCAGUUGUGUUUGAUGGCUUCCUCCUCACUUCUUUCUCCAGUAAAGAGAACGUCCACAGACACACCCUUCGAAUGUUGCUGCACCUACAGCAGAAAGUGCUGCCGUCGUACAUGGACACCUUGAUGAAAACUCUUGAACCUCCGAAACAGUGCAGCGAGCCAGUGAAGGAGCUGUACACCCAGCUGAUGGAGAAGUUGGAGGCCCAGAAGAAGAGCCCUCCACCACCAGAUGAAGCCCCAUCCCUGGAUCUAGGGCUGCACCCGGUGACUGUCCCCACCACCACCACCACCACCACCACCACACCAACCACGCCUCUCUGAGAGGCAGCAGAAAUGGGAAGGAAAACAGAAUAGUUAACCGGUGACUGACAGUCUCCUAAAAGACUGGGACAUCUUACAUUAUUGUUCGCUGUACAACUUUUUUUUUUUCAUGUAGGUUUAGUUUCUUUAGAUGUUUGUCUCAGAGAGGGUCUUCCAGACAGUGUGGUCCUCUAUUGUUCAUCAGUGUUUUCAUAUGUAACUGUCUUAUGAGUGUGUUACAUUUGAAUUACGUCAGUAGUGCAAGAAUUGUGUAAAUAAAUGAUUCCUAGUAACACACGGGUGUU